CUCCAGGCCUACCGAGAACUUCUCAACGGCAUGCUGGGCGCGGCAUGUUUUUGGGACGGUUUAUUAGAGGCAAAAAGAGCGUUACAGCUCUCUCCGAACGACCCUGAAAUCCUCGAGCUCAGACAACAUCUGAAAGAUGGGUUUGAGGACAGACAUAAUGGGCUUAAGAAACUUGGGGUGAAGGACCUCGUAGCAAUUACACGGACGGGUCAGAUUUAUCAGAAGUUGUACCCGUGGCUCGACGAGAAGCUAUACAAAAGAACACCAGAGCUUGUUAGACAGGUGAACGAGGAUUUUGGGGUGGGCAAUUGUGAGGUAAAGAGCGUAUUUUUUGGACCCCCUGAGAUUCAGGACAAGGAAGAUGUUGGUCCUCUUGGUGUGUUCGCGACUCGGGAUAUCGAGGAGGGAGAAAUGGUCAUGGUAGACCAAUGUCUGACCGGCAUAUCAGACGUGCCCUCCAGCAAACUCGCCCAUUGCGAUGCUUGCCACGCCUCUCUUUCUAUUCCAUUCAUCCAUCCCGCCGACAUCAUCAAGCCCAGCUGCUGUGGAAAAGUAGCCUUUUGCAGCCGCGAAUGCUACGAAUCUGCCUCCAAAGGCUAUCACAGAAUCAUCUGCGGGAAAGAUAUUGAUUGGCUGUACCGUGGCAACACCGAUGAGAAAGAAGGUCGCGGGAUCAGAUGGCGUCCAAUCCAAUUCCUCCGCCUUAUGAGCAUUGUCAUCUCAGACCUACGUGCCCAGCGGACUCCAACACAUCCUCUCCAACACCCGCUCAUCGCACGCAUGGCCGCCAACUACGCCCCGGCGUCCAAACACCACCCCGAUACCUGUUGCGACUGGCAGUACUUCGAGAACGUCGUUGCGCCGCACCGAAUCCUGCAGCUUCUGGACGUCGAUAUGUUUACCAGCCCGGAGUUCUCGCCCGAGGUCAUCCAGACAAUUUACUGGCGGAUGGAAAACAACGCGAGUAUGUCAACGGUCAAUCUCUCACUCUCGAAACCGGACCCUACGCUGCUGGAUGCAGAGAAGGAUGCAGUGCAUAUGAUUUGCCUUAAUCCGAAUUAUCUCUUUUUUAACCAUAGCUGCGAGCCGAACGUGUCCUGGCAUGGCGCGAUCCCGGACCCGUGGGUGGGCAUCGAGUGGCUGAGAGGUCUCGAUGGCGAGAUCAUGAGGCCCGGGUGUAGUGCGGUGUGGUGCUCUGCGGCAAGAGAUAUAAGGAAGGGGGAAGAAUUGAAGAUUAGUUAUGUGGGCAAUCCCAGGGGUGAUGUGAGGGGGGAUAGGGAGAGUAAGAGGAGUUGGUUAGCAAAGUGGUUUGAGGGCGGGUGCGGAUGUGACAUCUGCAAGGGAGAGAAUGAGAAAGCAAAAGUG